CAAUGUUGUGCCCUAAUCUGAUGGACUCCGUCCCUAUCCCUAUUCCCACUAUUCCCAUCUAUCGGGUAUAAACCUAACAUUCCCCCAACCCCUUACGUUAUUUAUCCAUCUCUCUAAGACCCAAUCAGCUUCGUACUCCUCUGCCGGCAAUACUGGGAAAAAUAAAAUCAGGACCAUGUCUAACAUCCCCACGUCCCUCUGCAACUCCUCCCUCACCCUCUUCCGCCUUUCCAUCUCCAGCUCCGAUCCUUGGCCCUUCUCUCUCUAAACCCCAACUCCGCUCCAAUCUUUCCUUGCUCUUCUUGGAUUCCUCUUUUUUUUUUUUUCUUUAUCUCUCUGUUGUCGAUGAGAGGUGAAGACAUACACAAACAACACCAUCACCGUUUGAUGAACUUUCACUUCCACAUGCCGCACCUGAGCCACGGGCACGGGCACGGGCAGGAGAAGGGGAUGAGUAAUCCGGCGGCGAUGGCGCCGCCGAGGAAGGGGUGGAUGGGGAUAAGAGUGGGGAAGAAGGGGGAGGAGCAGCAGCGGUUCGUGGUGCCGGUGGACUACUUGAAGCACCCGCUCUUCGUGGGGCUGCUCGACCAGGCCGAGAAGGAGUACGGGUUCGAGCAUAAGGGCGCCAUCACCAUCCCCUGUGGCGUCGACCACUUCCGCUACAUUCAGGGCAUCAUCGACCGCGACACCACCGCCGCCGACCACCACCACCACCACCACCUUCCCCACUUGGCUGGAUGCUUUAGGGCUUGAAGAUUUUAUUGGCUUUUUCUUUUUUGUUUUCUUUUUUCUUUUGAUAUCUUCAAGAGAUAAAAGAAGAUUGAUGAUGACGAUAAUUUGUGAAAGGGCACAAAGUUGAGGAUUGAGCCUUGUGCCUGGUCUUGUACUUUCUCAUGUUUGUCCACAUUUCUAGAAAAUGCUUAAUUUGUCUUGUUCUUUGUCUGGUGUCUCGCUUUUACUUUUAUGGCAUCACGUUUGCUAAGAUUCCUUUUAUAUCUGCAAAUCUCUCUCUUAAUUUGUACUAAGAGACGCCCUCAAAAAAUUUGUAUAGUUUUUUUCAGCAUAUAUGGAAACACGGGAUUUGGAUUCUUUCACGCUU